UAUGAAACCAGAGUCCCAAAAUCCCCAAUCCCGGGAGAAGAAAACCCUAGCCCCCAAAUCGACUGAGUUCAGCCUCCUCCCAUUCCCAUCCCCACCCACCGGCGGCGCGCAAUGGUAUGACCUGAGGCGCACCGCAUCGCUCUUCCCUCCUGCUUCCAUGGAGCGCAUGCCGGACAAUCGGCGGCCAAAGCUCUCCGACGCCGCCGGCGUCCCCGCUGGAGGCGGCGAGGACCGGCUCAGCGCGCUGCCGGACGACCUCCUCAUCCACAUCCUCCUCAAGCAGUCAAGCUCCGGGACGCCCCCGUCGCCGCUCGGACCAGCGUCCUCGCCCGCCGCUGGCGCCGCGUCUGGGCUCUCCUGCCGGAGCUCCACUUCCCCGCCGGCACUAACCCCGACGGUAUUCGCGCCGCCCUCGCCGCCCAUGAUGCGGCGGCCCUCGGCCGCCUCUUCGUUGACGCCAUCGAGGCAUUUUGACCGCAUCAGCAGACUUAUUCUCAACCUUGACUAUACACUGGUCAAAUGUAGCAACCGAUUCUUGAUGGAAGAGAUGACAAAGUUUCCUAAAGUUACAAGCUUGACAUUGGCUGUAAUGGCAUUUGAACAUUCCUUUGGAGCCAGCUUGUUUCAUGUUCUCAGGAUAUCUAGUGGUAUAAGAGAGCUGGAGGUUAAACUUGCCUUGCCGAGCAAACCGAAGCCAUACCCUCCGUGCCAAUCAGGUUGCAUUUGUGCUGAGCCAUCAAACUGGGAAACCGAGGAACUCGUGCUACCUUGCCUCAAAGAAGUAGUAAUCAACGACCUGAGAGGAACUGAACAUGAACUCGCUCUUGUGAAAAGGUUAUUCAACUGGACAAAGAUGCUAGAGGGGAUGAGAGUAAAUUUCCAUGACUCAAUCACUGAAAGCAAGGGUGAAGAGCUCCGCAAAUUGUUAUUAAGCUUCUCUAGGCCAGGACUACGUAUGAACUUCACGCAUCAUGGAGAAGUUUGUUCAUACGAUUAGUGCACCAACUCUGUCGCUUUGCAAUGUUUGUUAGUUCAGCGCAGCCUACUUUUGUGAAACUGAACUUCGGUAACUUGUUUGAGUCCAACAACUUGUUUCCAGUAUUUCCGAGACUUUACUCUUGUAACUUGUUUAAGCCUAGAACUUGCUUUCAGUAUCCGUAAGACUGUACCGUAGUGAGUUGUUCAAACUUGGUUAAGACUUGUUUUUCAGUA